CGGGCAUGUUUACACGGGGGCCGAGGGGGGCGGCAUCGGCUCGGCCCCCCCGUCACCCCCCCACCGCCGCGUCACGAAUGGUCUCUUCCUCGCGCUCUAUUUAAUCCCCGCCGCUGCCGCACCGCCGGCUCCAGACCGGAGAGCAGCGCCGCGCCCGGUGCCGCUGCCUCCGCGCUGCGGCUCGGCUCGCCCCGGCCCCGGCCCCGCGGGCAUCCGCCGCCACCAUGCUGGCCCCCGCCCUCCUGCUGCUCCUCGCCUGCUUCGGCGCCGCACGGGGAAACCUCUCCCGCGACGAGAGCCAGCCCACGACGUCAGACGAGACUGUGGUGGCCGGUGGUACAGUGGUGCUCAAGUGCCAGGUGGAGGAUCCUGAUGACUCCUCGCUGCAGUGGUCCAACCCUGCCCAGCAGACUCUCUACUUUGGGGAGAAACGAGCCCUGCGAGAUAACAGGAUCCAGCUAGAGAGGUCCACACCCAACGAGCUGACCAUCAGCAUCAGUGAUGUGGUGCUGUCAGACGAGGGGGAAUACACCUGCUCCAUCUUCACCAUGCCCGUGCGGACUGCGAAGGCCCUGGUCACUGUGCUGGGGAUCCCCCAGAAACCCCAAAUCUUUGGCCACGAGCAGCCCAUUGAUGAGGAGAAGAUAGCCCGGCUGACCUGCCGGUCCUCUGGCAGCAAGCCCGCAGCCCAGCUCCGGUGGAAGAAGGGCAACAAGGAGCUGAAGGAUGAGGGUACCGAGGUGGCAGAGGACCCCAACGGGAAGACCUUCACUGUGAGCAGUCGGGUGGAGUUCCGCGUUACCAAGGAGGACAAUGAAGCUGAGGUGACCUGCACCGUGGACCAUGAGUCCCUGCAGAACUCCGAGAGGUCGACCACGCAGAAGCUGCAGGUCCACUACAAGCCGACAGCGAAGAUCGAGCCGCAUCCCCAGUACCCACGGGAAGGCGAGAAGCUCCAGCUGCAGUGUGAUGGGCAGGGCAACCCCAUCCCCCAGGAGUUCUUGUGGGAGAAGGAGGGCAGUGACACACCCCUGCAGCUGAGCUCCGACAGUGUCCUUAUCUUCCCCUUCCUCAACAAGAGUGACAGCGGUACUUACGUCUGCACAGCCACCAGCUCCAUGGGCAGUGUUGUGGCCAAGUACAACCUCGAUGUCAGCGAUCUUUCCCAGCUCCCCACCCCACACGUUCACUCCACUCCAGCCCCUCCGCCAGGCCCUUCCCAGCCCAUCUCUCAUGCUUCCAUGGCCACCGCUUCAUCCUUCACUCCAGCUCCCAUCCAAGAUGCCAGUCCAGUGCCCUCGACCUCCAGCACGUACCAUGCAGUGAUCGGCGGGGUGGUUGCUGUCAUUGUCUUCCUCCUGCUCAGUCUUCUCAUCGUGUUGGGACACUACCUGAUCAGACACAAAGGUACAUGCAUAAGGCACGGGGAGACGGUCCCAUCCAGACAUCGGCAAAACCCAGCAGAGGUGAUGUGUACCUACCUGACCCAUGAAGCCAAGGGGUCGGACGAUGCCCCAGACGCCGACACGGCCAUCAUCAAUGCAGAGGGCGGCCAAGCCGGUGGAGAUGACAAGAAGGAGUAUUUCAUCUAGGGGCAUCAGAGAGAGUGAGAAAUGGAGCUAACAGACCCCGAUGGAAAUGGAAACCAGACCACAAACCCCACUCAACCCAACAGAUUUUCUCUCACGCCUGGCACGGGCAGACAGACGGACAGAGGGAUGGCGGGGCAGAGAGCAGAGAGCGACCGGCCUGAGACAUGAUGCUUCUUCUUGAACUUGUACAAAAAGUUAUUACUAUGAACAGCGAAAGCCCCGGCCCCGUUUGCUUGCUUGCACCUCCAUCCCUGCGACCGGCGCUCGCGCAAAACACAGACCAACCAGUGAGUGAGCGACUUUCCUUCUUCCUUUGGACCUUUGCUUUGGUUUCGUGGCUGCUCUUUGCUUUGGGCCCUUGGUUGGGGUGUUGGGCUGGGGUCGAUGUAGCUCUUUCCUUUGUUUCUCUUCAUUUUGGUUUCUUUGACAUCCAAGGAUAAAAUCAGGUCCAGGCUCUGGUGCAAGCUCGGGGCAGCUGGGCAGCCCCUCUGUCACAAACACUCGCCCUGUGCCUCCCACUGAGAGCCGGGACCCAUAUUCCCAUUGCUCCCCGCAGCCUCGGCUGCUGCGUGAUGGCCCCGGCCCCAGCUGGGACAGGGAGCACGGCUGGUGGGACAAGAGCGGGAUGCUGACAGGCAGCGUCUCUGCCUCCGAGGUCUCGGCCCGUGGCUGGGGUCAAACGGGGAGGGACCCUAGGCCCCCGCCCUGAUUUUAUCCUUGGUGGUUCUUGUUGAACAGUGUCCAUUCGGGAGGAUAGCUGUCCUCGUGCGGUAGGUGUGUGAAGGGGGGUGAGCUUCCAGGGUGGGAACUGCUGAGCCCCCCAGACAGACUGGGAACUGCCAGACACUGCAGCUCCCCAGUCCCACCCCAGCGGGAGGGGGGAGGGCAGAGGUUUGGGGGUGAAUCCAGAGAAAAAGCCCCAAUUUUACAAAUUCGUAGAUUGGAAGUGUCAAUUUAAACCAUCUAUUGAGAUGUUCAGUGCAGGAGACCACCUGCGCUGGGAGCACUGGGCAGAGCCAGGAGAGCCGGUGGGCCUGCAGCCAUCGCCACUUUCCUCUUUGCUGGGCCCCUCUGGGGUCCCCAGAGCCUCUGCAAAAGUAGUUUAGACCCUGAGGGUAGCUUUAACCAGAGCUGGCACCAGGGGAGCUGAGCUGAGCUGGAGACGACCUGCUCCCCAGCACAAGCAGUGCAGAGCAGCGUGAGGCCUGAGCUGCUUCUGACCGAGGAGAUGUGCAGAGAGGGGCACCACCAGGGUCUGCUUCUUGCAGCUUGGAGCUGUCUGUCCCCUUUCCCUCCCCAGCCCCUUCCCAGGGCAGGUGUGAGCUUGGAAAAGGCUGUUGCCCUCUCAGCUCCAAGGGCUGCAGCCAACAGCGGCUGAAAUGCCCAGGUUUAGUGUCUUGGAAGUUCAGGGGUCUCCAAGGAGGUUUGAGGGGGCUUGCCUUACCUCCUGCCCGUUUCACUGUCUCUUCCAAGACAAAACCAAGAAGCUCUCCCAGCCUCUCCAGCACGUCCCCAGGGUCCGCUUGGCCCACCCCAACCACACAGCCACAGGAUAGGGCUGCAGGGGACUAUGCACUCCAGCAACUGCAGGACACCCCACACCCCCUGGGAGCCAGGCCCAAUCCCUCACUCUCAGGAUGAGAUUUUCCAGCUUCCCAGCAUUUCUUGGUCUGGACACAAGGGGUUUGUAGGAGCUGCCCUUUGGCUGGGCACUCCUUCGAUUUCAGGUUGUCUGGAGGAGGAGAGCCCUUCAGGAAGGAGGAAAAGGCCGUGAUGGUGUGGGUAACCUCACCUUGGAGGUAGAGGAAGAGCUUGUCCUCCACUGUGGGGUACCAGGUGCCCAUGGAGCAGGUAAUAUCACUCCCAUCCAGACCCUGCAAGCGUGUGGCACAAGGAGGAUGCCCACAGGGAAGCCAUCGCAGAACAAGUGGGCUGGAAGGGGGCUGGGACCAAGCAGACAAGGAAGAAGAGGUAUGGCUUGGUGGCAGGCACAAGGUGUGAGCGAGCGAUGCAUUUGUGGCUAUGCACAGGUGUGACUAGGUUCACCGUGGCCAGGAGCACGCGGGCAGCAGGGUGUUAGCACCUUGAGAGAGAAGUGCGUGAAGCCUUCGUGGUACGUGGCGAAGAAAACCUGGGGUUUUCUCGAUGUUAUUCCUCCCUUCCCAUCUCUUUGGAGGAGGACGUUGGCCUGGAGUCCCAAUGGUAGCUCCGAGCUCAUUUCGAGGGAUGCAGCAGUUGCUGCCGGAGAUAACACUGCAGAUGUCGAUGCUGUUAACUACUCCACUGCACACUGAGCAUGUAUGAAUGUGCGACCUGAUGCUUUGCUGAAGAUCCACUAUCAAAUAGACAUAAUUCCUUCAAAUAAAAAUGCAAGGACGUGUUUUCAAGUACAGUUUAAUCUCAGUGUAAGUCUACAUGCUGUAGAUGGUCACAAAGAGAGCCCCAGCCUGGGUGUCUAGGAGGGAGGGGGGUUAACUGGUCUCUAGGGAAAGGGAGGUGGGAGCUGAGGUUGGACAGGGACAUUUGUGCCCCUUUGAGGCAGCAUGGGAAUGGCCGCGGCUGGUGUCUCCCCAGUGCCGCUGCUCCAGAGCUGCUUCAAGGGCUAGUGCCAGUGGUCGCCACAUUGCCCUGGUGAGAGAAGUCAGGAUUUCGCCUUUUUGAGGUGCCACGUGGCAUGGGAUGUGGCAGGAUGCAGUGGUGGGGGGACUGGGCAGGGCGUUGGGGCGGGACCUGCUGCCUGUGGCAGAUGUCAACAAGGGGUGGGCUGCGUCUCACCCUGGGUGGGCCUGUUGUGCUGCUACACCCACGUGAGAGGCUGAGCUACGGCCCUAGACACCGCAGGUCCUGGGAGCGGUGGGAGCAGGAACGUAAGGCUGCGUCCGCAAGCAAGAGCCAAAGGGCUUUGGUAGUCGCAAGGGAGCAGCAGACCCACGGCCCAGUGGGCACCAGGGCAAGGGAGAGCCUGUGUCGUCUGUGAGGGGUGACAUGUACAACAGGUCACACGUGUGAAGAGGGAGGCGCUCUGGGAUGAGCACGCGGGUUGAUGGGGACAGUCUCAUGAGGCUGCAAUGGGGCAUGUCACAGUGCAGGAGUGUGUAGUGAUGGGGGACCUGCCGUGCUGCCAGCGGAAGGCGUGAUGGGACACAUCGUGUCGUGGGCAUGAUGGAGAAAGCAUGUUGUGAGUUUGAGGCCCUGAUGAAUAGAUCGUGUCAUGGGUGUCAUGUGUGGUGGGAAACACUGUUUUGGGAGCCCAGGGGUAUGGUGGGGUACUCAGUGUGUUGAGUCUUUUGUGGUGAUGAAUACACGGUGUCACAGGUGUGCAGAGGGACAGGUACACAGCUACGAGUGGGGGCACGAUGGGUGUCAGCUAUGAGCUGCACCACACCAUGAGCGUGUUAAGGUGAUGGGGGGGUGAUGGGGUACACCCUCUGUUGCAUCUGGGGCACGGCCUGUUGUACGUGUGCAUGGCGCUGUGGUACAUCGGGUCAGGGCUGUUAGGGAGGGUUGGGGACACCGUGUCAUAAGUACAAGAGGUGAUGUGGGUUGUGUGAAGGGGUGAGAAUCUUGAUGCUAGCGUGGGGGUGACGCCACACACCAUCAGCAUCACGAGGAGGCAGUGGGUACAUGGUGUCACUGAUGUGGCUGAUGGUGGAUGUGCCACACUGCGGAGGGAAGAAGCGACUGGGCAGGUGGUGCUGCUGGGGCGGUGACACUCUGUGCCGGGAGAGGGGACACCGGGCUCCUGUCCCUCCCUGCCAUCACCCAGCAAAGCUGGGCAGUGUCACCACAUGGCUGAGAGAACCCAGGGCACCGGCCUCCUCCCUGGGCCUCGGUGGCCCCUUCAGGAGUGGGGGGUCCUUGUUGGCCAUGUAGGCAGGGGACCUCCAGCCCCAUGUCCACCCUGUGCCACCACAGUCACCCAUGCUGGACCCAGGGCAUCCGAACUGGGACGCAGCCAGGGCCCGCACCAGGGGAUUGAGGAGGAUUCAGGACCCCGUGGCCCUCGUUUGCAGCCAGGCCUGUUCACUCCCACUCACCAGCCCCGGCAAGGCUCUGGCUGCUUCCCAGCUGGCACUGAACUCUCAAUAGACACGAAAGCCAUAUUUGUAGGGAGCUCUGGAGACGCCAUGGGGCAGCAGCGGGGCAGGGCAGAGGACGGUCUGUGUUGUUGUGCUGUGUUCUUGUAUGUACAUAAAAGGGAGACAACGAACGUCAAUGUGACUUUAUAACCUUUCUAAUAUCCUGUGGUAAUCUCGGAAAAUAAUCCUAUAAAUAUAUCUGGAUUACACACGUUA